UUAGUUCGACUGCAUGCGAAGACGUGAGGCAAGCAAACCAACAAACCAUGCAAGGUUCAGUAGUGACAGCAAGGCGCGCUGUCCAUGGCAUCCUCGUCGCCGUCGUGGUGGUGCAGCGCCUCCUCGCCGCCGGCGCCAGUCCGCCGGCGGAUCCCGUCCAUUGCGCGUCGGGGACGGCGCGCUGCACCGUGACCAACGCGUACGCCGCGUUCCCGGACCGGUCCACGUGCCGGGCGGCCGCCGCGGCGUACCCGGCGUCGGAGGAGGAGCUCCUCCGCGUGGUGGCCGCGGCGGCGGCGUCCGGGACCAAGAUGAAGGCGGCGACGCGGUACGGGCACAGCGUGCCGAAGCUGUCCUGCCCCGGCGCCGGCGACGGCCGCGGCCUCGCCAUCAGCACCAGCGCGCUGAACCGCGUCGUCGCCGUGGACGCCGCGGGGAUGGCGAUCACGGUGGAGAGCGGCGUGACGCUGGCGGAGCUGAUCGACGCCGCGGCGGGCGCCGGCCUCGCGCUGCCGCACUCGCCGUACUGGCUGGGCGUCACCGUCGGCGGCCUCCUCUCCACCGGCGCGCACGGGAGCUCGGUGUGGGGGAAUGGCUCCGCCGUGCACGAGUACGUGAACGGCAUGAGGAUCGUCACGCCGGCGCCGGCGAGAGAGGGGUACGCGAAGGUCCGCGUGCUCGCCGCCGGCGACCCGGAGCUGGACGCCGCCAAGGUGUCGCUCGGGGUGCUCGGGGUCAUUUCCCAGGUUACUCUAAAACUGCAGCCGAUGUUCAAGAGGUCGGUGGCGUUCCAGCACUGCGGCGACGGCGACCUGGCGGAACGAGUCGUCGCCUUCGCCGGCGAGCACGAGUUCGCCGACAUCCUCUGGUACCCCGGCCAUGGCAAGGCCGUGUACCGGAUCGACGACCGCGUUCCCAGCAACACGCCGGGCGAUGGCGUCUACGAUUUCGUCGGCUUCCGGGCCACCCCAACGCUCGCCAUCCAGGCCAAAAGGCUCGUCGAGGACGGCCUGGAAGCGACCGGGAAUGCCGCCGGCAAGUGCCUCGCGGCGUCGACGACGAACUCCAUCCUCGCAGCCCGCAACUACGGCCUGACGAGGAACGGCCAGCUGCUCGGCGCGUUCCCCGGCACGGCGGUGGUCGGCUACCAGAACCGCAUCCAGUCGUCGGGAUCCUGCCUCGCCGGCGCCGACGACGGCCUCCUCACCGCCUGCCCGUGGGAUCCCCGCGUCGAGCACGGCACGUUCUUCUUCCAGUCCGGCAUCAGCGUGCCGCUGUCCAGGGCGGCGGCCUUCAUCCGCGACGUGCAGCGGCUGCGCGACCUCAACCCGGACGCGCUCUGCGGCGUGGAGCUCUACGACGGCGUCCUCAUGCGCUACGUCAGGGCGUCGGCGGCGCACCUCGGCAAGCCGGAGGACAGCGUCGACUUCGACCUCACCUACUACCGGAGCCGCGACCCGGCGACGCCGCUUCUGCACGAGGACGUGGUGGAGGAGGUCGAGCAGAUGGCGCUGCGCAAGUACGGCGGCGUCCCGCACUGGGGCAAGAACCAGAACGCGGCGUUCGAGGGCGCCGCCGCCAAGUACGGCGGCGCGCGCGCCGCGGCGUUCAUGAGGGUGAAGCGGGCGUACGACCCCGAGGGGCUCUUCUCCAGCGAGUGGAGCGACAAGGUGCUCGGCGUCGCCGGCGCCGGCGGCGUGAGCGUGGUGAGGGACGGGUGCGCGCUGGAGGGGCUGUGCGUGUGCUCGGAGGACGCGCACUGCUCGCCGGAGAAGGGAUACCUCUGCCGGCCGGGAAGGGUGUACAAGGAGGCCAGGGUGUGCCGGCGUGUCGCCGACGAUCUCUAGGCACACGACGAGUGUACUUGUGGCCAUGCAACGUGUGAUACAUAAAAUCUUUCAGGACUGUUAAAUUAAUUUCUGUAAUAUUUGCAAAAA